AUGAGUCCGCCUCAACCUUACAGCUUUGGCUACGACACGGUGGACGAGCUCGGCAACCGGCAGUUCCGGAGCGAGCAGGGCGACUCCAACAACGUUAAGACCGGUUCCUACGGAUACCGGGAUGUUAAUGGGCUCUACCGGCGAGUAAGCUACAUCGCCGACGCCAACGGCUUCCGUGCAACGGUAGACACCAACGAGCCAGGCACUGCGCCUGGAGCAAGCGCGGACGCCGUGUUCAACGCCGCCCCGGUCGUCGCGCCGGUGCCUGCUGGAGCACCCACUGCCGGCGCAUACGACGCCAGGAUGCCAGCGCCGGCCUACGCCGGAUACGGCGGAUACAGUCAAUCCGGAUACGGCCAAUAUGGCCGUGGGGCUGGUGGCUAUGGGUACGGCGGUUACGGUCAGUCUGGCUACGCUCCCAACGGACCAGCGCUCGGCGGGUACGCCUACGGAGCUUCCUCUCCUUACGGCUACGGUGCCGCAGGCUACGCUGGAGGACGCUACGCGCCUGCCGCCUACGGUAGCAGGAUUGCCGGUAACAAUGGUUGGCGCCGUCGGCGAUGA